AUGGCCCGACAGUCUCCUUCGAGGAGUUUAAGAGGUCUAUGCUUAAAAUGGGCAGCUUGGGAUCAGCGUCGCAUGGGAGGUUAUGGCAUCGCUUUGAUCACAUUGGAUCAGAAUGAUACCAAAGCAAUAUAUAAUACGUCCACAGAAAAGAAUGUCAAACAUGCAUUUCUGCUGACGGAUAAUGGUGAGAACCCAGCAGGCUUUCCGGGUGGAUGGGGUAAGCCCAGUCAUCCCUCGAGUUACAAAGCUUGUCCGGUCAUAUGCUCAUCAUGUAGAUGUCGGGCCACAAAUUUGCUGGUGGGGAUUUAUUUAGACAAAUUCAGACUCUCAUCAGUCGCUUCUCUACAUAAAUAA